GUUCCGUUGCUGGGAUUUCCUCGCAUUCGCAUUCGCAUUCGCAUUCGCAUUCGCAUUCGCAUACACCUCUCUCAUCUUCAAGCUCUGUAUCCGAAUCUUGCAGGAAAAAUGAGAGAGAUUCUCCAUGUUCAAGGUGGACAGUGUGGGAACCAGAUUAGUUCCAAGCUCUGGUAGGUUGUCUGUGAUGAGCAUGGUAUAGAUCCGACGGGAAGGUACACCGGUAACUCAGAUCUACAGCUAGAGCGUGUCAAUGUCUACUACAAUGAGGCUUCUUGUGGGCGGUAUGUCCAUCGUGCCAUGCUUAUGGACUUGGAGCCUGGCACCAUGGACAGUGUUAGGACUGGUCCCUAUGGGCAGAUCUUCAGGCCUGAUAACUUUGUCUUUGGACAAUCUGGUGCUGGAAAUAACUGUGCUAAGGGUCACUACACUGAGGGAGCAGAGCUGAUUGAUGCAGUUCUUGAUGUUGUGAGGAAGGAAGCUGAGAAUUAUAAUUGUCUGCAAGGUUUCCAGGUUUGCCACUCAUUGGGUGGAGGAACUGGUUCUGGUAUGGGUACCUUGCUCAUAUCAAAGAUUAGAGAGGAGUACCCUGACAGGAUGAUGCUGACAUUCUCUGUCUUCCCCUCACCCAAGGUGUCAGAUACUGUAGUGGAGCCAUACAAUGCCACACUUUCUGUUCAUCAGCUUGUUGAGAAUGCUGAUGAGUGCAUGGUGCUUGACAAUGAGGCCUUAUAUGAUAUCUGCUUCAGGACUCUUAAACUGACCACUCCAAGCUUUGGUGAUUUGAACCACUUGAUCUCUGCAACCAUGAGUGGGGUUACUUGCUGCCUCAGGUUCCCUGGUCAACUCAACUCUGACCUCCGGAAGCUUGCUGUAAAUUUGAUUCCAUUCCCUCUUCUCCACUUUUUCAUGGUCUGGUUUGCUCCCCUGACCUCCCGUGGAUCUCAGCAGUACUGUGCCCUGACUGUCCCAGAACUAACCCAGCAAAUGUGGGAUGCAAAGAAUAUGAUGUGUGCUGCGGACCCAAGGCAUGGUUGCUACCUCACUGCUUCAGUCAUGUUUAGGGGCAAGAUGAGCACCAAGGAAGUGGAUGAGCAAAUGAUCAAUGUCCAAAACAAGAACUCUUCCUACUUUGUGGAGUGGAUUCCAAACAAUGUCAAAUCUAGUGUCUGUGACAUUCCACCAAGAGGGCUCUCAAUGGCAUCCACUUUUAUUGGGAACUCAACCUCCAUCCAGGAAAUGUUCAGGAGAGUUAGUGAACAGUUUACUGCCAUGUUUAGGACAAAAGCCUUCUUGCACUGGUAUACUGGUGAAGGUAUGGAUGAAAUGGAGUUCACAGAAGCUGAGAGCAACAUGAAUGAUCUUGUGUCUGAAUAUCAGCAAUACCAGGAUGCUACUGCUGAUGAGGAAGGAGAAUACGAGGAGGAGGAAGAAAUGGAGCACACGUGAGGCAAGAUAGAACACAAAAGUACCAUAUUAUAUAUGACAUCAUGGAUUUGUGUUUCUACUUGGUGUGUGAGUGAAAAACCUUUAUCUAAAAUUGUAUGUCCUUGAAGUGCAUCCGUAGAGGAAGGAGAAUCACAAUGUUCUCCCAGAAAAAUAGUAAGAUGUGGAGAGAUAUUAUGAGAGUGGGAAUGUUUAGGUAUAUGUUUGAAAGCAGUUUAUGUUGUACUUAUAUGCUUGGCUUUGUACCCUUUUUACUUCUCAUACUGACAGUGUCUCAUAUUUUGUUCAAUGGUAAUGUGCCCUGCAUAUUUUUGU